CGCACCCGUAUCGUCGCGUCUACCAAAAUGAGAAAUCUGAUGCAAGUGGCCCUGAUCGGCCUCGUCGUGUCCGCGACCUGGGCCGAGGUGGUGGUGGACAAGAGCUCGAACCUGGGAGCCAAGAAGCAAGAGAAGCGGGGGCUCGCCGGCCUGGGGUACGGCUACGCCUACGACGGUGGGUACGACAUCGGUGCCCCCGGCCCGGCGUACGAGGUUGACCACGGCUACGAGCAGCACGCCGAGGGACCCGUGGCCGCCACCCACAGCGAGAAGGUGGUCACGGUUUUCAAGAACCAGUACGUCCCGUAUCCGGUUGAGAAACACGUUCCUUACCCGGUGGAGAAACGCGUGCCCUACCCGGUCAAGGUGCCAGUACAUGUGCCAGUACCAGUAACCAAGGAGGUCCCGGUUCCGUACAAAGUUUACGUUAAAGUUCCCGUCCAUGUACCUCAACCCUACCCAGUCGAGAAAAAGGUCCCUUAUCCAGUGCACGUACCUGUACCCGUCGACAGGCCCGUGAAGGUGUUCGUCCCUCAGCCCUAUCCAGUUGAAACCAUCAAACACGUGGCAGUCAAGGUACCUGAACCACAUCCGUAUCCCGUCGAGAAGCCGGUCCCCGUCCCUGUAAAAGUACCAGUGCCGUAUGCAGUUCCGUACCCUCAAAUACGUGAAGUACACGUUCCGGUCAAAGUCUACGUUGACCGACCAUACCCCGUUGCGGUGCCAAAACCAGUACCUUACCCCGUGGAAAAGCACGUGCCCGUUCCCGUGGUCCAUCACCAGGAGAGCUACGCUCACGCCUCCGCCCCCGCCCAUGACAACGGCUACAGACACAUAAAUGUUGUUGUAAAGGUGUUCGUCCCUCAGCCCUAUCCAGUUGAAACCAUCAAACACGUGGCAGUCAAGGUACCUGAACCACAUCCGUAUCCCGUCGAGAAGCCGGUCCCCGUCCCUGUAAAAGUACCAGUGCCGUAUGCAGUUCCGUACCCUCAAAUACGUGAAGUACACGUUCCGGUCAAAGUCUACGUUGACCGACCAUACCCCGUUGCGGUGCCAAAACCAGUACCUUACCCCGUGGAAAAGCACGUGCCCGUUCCCGUGGUCCAUCACCAGGAGAGCUACGCUCACGCCUCCGCCCCCGCCCAUGACAACGGCUACAGUUAUGGCUACCACUAGAGCAAUAACGGUAUACUUCUGCUGCAACAACAGUACAGCAGCUCAACCCGGGCGCGUUAACUCGCGUCCGUCAGUACUUACUCGGCUCUGCAGAGCAGCAGCAUCGUUACACAUCUAUAUAUAUAUAUAUAUAGAUAUACACAAUUGAUCCCUUUCCCAUCAUUCCCCCGCAAUACGAAUGAGGCGUCGCCUCGUCUGCAUCUUUUUUCAUCUCGUCUUACUAAUUGUACCGUAUUCCCACUAAUGAUAUGAUUGUUACUAUUGUACGUAUCAUGACCUUGUAACUUAUAGAUCACGAAAUUUUUCAAAAAAUGCAAAAAAAACUGUGACCGGCACCCAUGGGAGGAUUCGAGGCCCCGUCAUAUCAAAUGUCCGUACAGGCCUGGGCCUGUCCUCGAGUCAAGAAAACAAGGACGUGGGCCUCGAUUUAGA